AUGGAAUUUUUAGCACAUUCUGUAGAUCCUCCCGCAGAAACUGAGUUUUACUCUGAUUCUAGUGUAGGGUUUCGACCUAUCGAACCUGGGUCAGGUGUAGAAUUUAGCAAAGCCCUUGGCGGUAACCGUGUUCGUGAGCAGUUUACAGUGAUCCUGUUGACUUACAAUCGUGAUGCUGUGCUGGCAGCUUCGUUAGAACGACUUCAUCGGCUCCCUUAUUUGAAUAAGGUUAUCGUCAUCUGGAACAAUGUGGCUAGAGAACCACUAGGAGCUUGGCCUCGCCUUCAUGUGCCAGUCGAGUUCAUCAGAGUUACCAAAAAUAGUCUCAACAACCGGUUUGUACCAUGGGAUCGUAUAAAAACGGAAGCGGUUCUCUCACUUGACGACGACAUCGACUUGAAACAACAUGAAAUUGUAUUUGCGUUCAGGUAAGG